CCCCUCCCCCUUUUCUUUCUUCUUCUUCCUUUGCCUAUCCAUUUUCUUCAAGCAAGAUACCUAAUUCCGGUUUCAUUUUUCUCUAGUUCCAGCUCGACUUUCAUCUCGUUCUCCGGCGCCACUAUUUCUCUGCGCCACCAUGGACAAUCUAGACGACACGACGAAUCUUCUUGUGGUGGAAUAGGAGAUUCAUGGUGUUGACAACGGAUCGUCUCCGCCCCCUCCCCCCUUCAUUCUUUGAUCCAGAUCCCCAAUUCCCCAAUUCGACAGAUGGGACUUCUGUAGUCAUGGGGGAGGAAAAGAAGAUGAUUGCAUGUGAGGCGAACAGAGGAGAAAACGACCACAACGGUGGAAGCGGGCUUCGUGCCUACCAUGCGGAUUUUCCCGGAAAGACGAACAAUCAGAUUCGGUCAGGACUAUGGAGGACGCGGUUGUGCUCGUCGAGCAUCAUGGUGACGUCCUUGUCGUUGGAGAGCGUGAUGAGGGAGUCGAGAUCGUGGCUGGUAAGCUGGUAUUUGAGAGCUAACAGUGUUCCGAAGUUGAGGGCGGCGACCAAAUGGGUGGUGAGAAUAGAGAGAGUGAGAUUGGUGACGGUGGUAGGCUGUGAUAGUAGCACACAUGUGACGCAACUUAGACCCGCCGAUGGCUGUAGCUAGCGUGGCGGUGGAGGGUGAUGGCUCCAUUUCCAGAGGUCAGCGGUUAGGGAUUGUACUGGAUGAAAAUUGCAAAUUGG